AUGGGCUCCUCAGGCCGUUUCAGAUACGAACAACGCACCACCGACGUCCGUGAAGACGAGACCCUGCUCGAGCUCUACUUCAUCUGCGAGAUAGACGAUGCCAGGGAGUUGGAUGACUUUGUCUUUGAUGUGAUGGAAGCACUCGAGGGAAAAGUCGACAUGGACGACGGAUACAAAGGGCGUCUAGAGAAACUGCGGUCGAAGCAGGACGGCCUUGUCUAG